AUGGCGCAGUCCAAAGGAAUUGUGCCAAAAGACGGUAUGGAAGUUAUAGAUCAGGUGGAGACCCAUGUGCUGGUUGCGGGAACAAAGCCAGAAGAUGCUAUUCAGCAUCUUGGUUCACACACAUAUGGCGAAAUCUCUCCAUCUUCUUUUGCUGAGAUUUUGUGUUUGGUACAACCCAAAGAGGGCGAAAUAUUUGUAGACCUCGGUUCUGGGACAGGCAAGGCGGUUUUGCUUGCUGCUUCACUGUUUCCAUUUUCAGAAUCCAUUGGGAUUGAAUUUGUUGAACCGUUGCAUAAGGCUGCCCUUCGCCUUCAGCAGUCCUUCUGGACUAUGGUUGCAGAAAGGAAGACCACCUUCGCGGCAACCGAGAUCGGAAGUAAGAUUUUGAAUCGCUUUGUUUUCUGGUAUGAUGGUUUGGACAAGAAAUUAGCUUUAAAUUGGACGACGCAAUGGCAUGAGAUGAACGAUACAUUGAUAAAAAGAAUGGAAAAGCUACGAGUGGGAGCACGUGCAAUUACCAUGACGCGUCCACUGGACUUGGAUAAGGAAUCCUGGGUUCUUCGGCACAAGAUCGUCCGAGAAUACGGCCGCGGCAAGAUGACGUUCUUUCUGUUCGAGAAGUUUGCGAUGAGCCCGCAAAAGACUGCCAAGGAUACACGAUAA